AUGAAAACAGGACGAUCAAAGCUUAUGUUAAAACUUGUGGAAGAAACAAGCAAAAAUUCGAAAAGUACGGGUUUUACUCAUGAAGAGCGCAUGGAUGAGGAGGACUGCAUACCAGGGACUCCAGAAUGCCAUUCGCCAUUACCUCCAGGAGCACGCAACGUAAUAGAAGAGAUGAACGACAUUUGUGAAGAUGUCUUUUCAGAUGACGUACACGGAACAAGCGAAAUCAUAAAAUCAACAAAUGAAAAUAUGGACUCGAACAUACCAUCAUCUACUUGUGUUCUUGAAGAAGAUCUUUUUAUGGCCGUGUAUGAAAAUGCAUCCUCACCACAUUUACUCGCGUCAGAAAAUCAGCAUGGUGUCGUGUCCCUCUUAAAUAUCACCUCAGCUCUAACCCCUUUAAAUACUUCUACCCUGAUAUCAGACCUGUCACCUUUCCCGCAACCGAUUACCCCGACUGUUGACAACAAUGGACAAACACCUAUGCCAUCACCAGUAAAAACUCAUGGUGAGGUAUGUGUAAUGACUUUUUUUGUUCCACUCACGAUGGUGCAGACAUAG